AUGAUUCACAUGAUGCGUUCCGGGUACUGCCUUAACAGCGGUACAAGGAACAGAUGCUCUCUCUCAGAUAUACAAAAGUACUCUUUGCUCUCUCUUGGCACGGUCGUCGGAAAGAAGACAUGCGCUCGUGAAGGGGCUGGUGUUGGGGGCGAUGGCGGUGGCGGCGGCCGUGGCGGUGGCUGUCGAGCUGUGGCAGUGGAGCAGGGUGCCAGCCGCGUACAGCGCGCAGGGCCAGCGGCGGCGGAGGGACAACUGACCCGUAUGGUUGUUGAUUGG